AGUCCUUCAACACGGUCAACCGUUUUACACUAGAAAGGCCGCAAACUGCCGCAUACGAGUAUUCAGAAGGGAAAUACUUGAGUUUCUGUACACUCUUGCAUUUAAUUCUACCUAUACUCGUACUGUCCCGUCCCGUCCUGUCCGUCCCCUUCCGUCCCAUAUUUGUGUUCGAAUACACACAGUAUGACUCCAAUAUAAUCCAAUCAAAUUCGAUCCGAUCCAACAUACUUUAACCUUACUAAGAAUGGCAGAGUGAAAACUUAUGUAGGUGAUUUCAAGUGAACUCAAUCGCACAGCUCUGGCAGAGUAUUUACAUUAUUAAGUAUGUAUGUGUGUAUGUAUCUAUAUGAAUUACUGUCCAAAUAUCGUAGAUCUGUAUAUGGAUAUAAGCUCUCAGCUAAGUCGACUUUGAAUUCUGGACUCAACGUGGAGUUUGCAUUAUGUCUUUGAAUCCAACACAAUCAAAGUCGCCAACGUCGAAUAUUAAAUUUGCAUCUCGGACCAAUACGAUGAAUGCACCGCAACCGUUGGCGCCAUUGGCUGAAAAUUAUGCUGGGGUCCCGGACCAAUUUAGUCACUACCAACAUCAAGUGCAGCAUUCGAUAUCUGAGAUCGCCAUCGAAAAGCUACAGCACACUGCAGCGGAAAAUGCUCUAAAGAGCCAGUUCCAGAUAAAACAGCAGCUGAGGGAACAGAAUCAGCUAUCUACGAAAUAUGCAAUGCCGCACCUGACACAAUCCCUACCACAAUCGCAAUCGCAAUCACGAGCUCAGGCCCAGACCCAGCCCCAGUCCCAGUCCCAGCCCCAGUCCCACUUGCAGUCCCAAUCUCAGGACCAGAGCCAGCUACUGCAAAAGGUAGAUCAAAUGUCAAAGUAUCGUCAAAAUCAUCUAAUCUUGGGCACCGGACCCACUCCCACAUCCACUUCCGCUCAACCUCAACCUCAACCACAACCACAACCGCAACCACAAUUACUGGGACAGUGCAGCAAGUCGCCGCUAAGCCUGGGGGCAUCUCAAUCUCACUCGCACCCCACUAAUGGCAGCAUGAUGUCGCUUAGAAGCGAGCAGCAGCUGUGUCAGAUAUACAAUUCGCAGCAACACUCCGAUUAUAUUAUCUCCGAUUAUAUGGACAAAAUUGCAACGCGAAUUAGUUUGCUCGAAACAGAGCUGAAGUUCGCCUGGCGGGCAUUGGAUUUGCUUUCUACGGAGUAUGGCAAAAUUUGGAUUCGCUUGGAGAAGCUCGAAAACAUAUCAGUGGAACAUCAGUCGGUGGUUAGUAAUUUGAUGGGUCUGAUCAGAGCCGCGAAGCAGCAACAACUUCAACAUCAGCAUCAGGAGGACAUGGAAGGUGCAACCAAAUUUCUCACAGAUGAGCACUUGCUCUCACUGCCAUUGCAAAUGGACGAAAGUGCCGUCAAUAUUGAGAUGGAAAUGAGAGCGCCGCCGUCUGAGCAUGAGCAUGACUAUGACAAAAUGAUCAGCUUGGACGGACUUGAUCCCACAACUUUGAUGGGACACCGAGACUCGGAUAUAUUUAUGAAUGCUGCUUGUGCACUAGAACACAAUCAAGAUGAGCUUUUCCUUGACUACGACAGCGGAGUUAUGGAUGACCACAAUCUGGAUAUCGAACAAAUGGGAAUCAAUUUCGCGAAGAGCGACAGAGCCGCAAACGUUUGGCUGUCUGAUAUUGACAUCCACCAUAAAAAGCCGCGCAAGAAGCUUUAUUCUGAUUCGGAUCUAAUACUUUAUGAGCAACAGCAAGCUCUGGCUAACAACGCACGUGCUGAAUUGCUACAGGAAUUUCUGAACGGACAACGGGUUUUGACUGAGGUUGCCUCGGCCUCAGCAUCAGCAGUUCUAUCCACUCCCAACAGCUUUCUCAACUUACCACAAAUGGUGAGUAUAGAGCGGCCCCAAAGCCAGAACCAAAGCCAAAGCCAAGGCCAAGGCCAAGGCCUGAGCCAAAGGACCCAUUCAUACGGCCGGAGAGUUCAGGAAGGGGAGCCCAUCAGACAGACCAGCAACGUCUCCAAUGAACUCGACGACCUUAUCGAGGAAGUUAAGUUUUUUCGGUUGGCAGCCUCUAAAACGGGCGAAGGGGGAAACCAAGUCGUGCCCAUUGAGGAUACUGGAGGAACACAGAUUCUGCUAGCCGCAAACAACAAUGAAAUGAACGAAUCCUUUUAUAAGACACUCAAUGAGGCAUAUCGUGACAACGACCUGAGCACGGAGAUUUCCAAGGUGGACUCAUUGUUGCAGCACUCGGAGGCUCACGAGCACUCGACGUCUUCCUUGAUGAUGAUCAAUGAGGGCAAGGUGGACGACGACACAGGCAUCAGUAGAGCCGCAACAAAGGAAGCGACAUCUGCAUCUGAUUCCAGUGCCCGAUCAACCACUCACAUUAGCAGAGACUCAAGGAAGCAUCGGAAAAAGAAGCACCAUAAGAAUGAAAUGGAAAUGAUAAAUAAUCUAAAGUGCAUUCUGGCGCAGUCCCAGUCGGCUAGGAGCAUCCAGACCACCGUCUCGACCGAGUUCGACAGCAGCUGUGCAGCGAACGAUAAGGGCAGGGCUGAGGCGGACACGAGUAUAACUCCCGGUGCAAGUGACAAUCGGCGAAAGACAAAUAGCUUCGGCUGCUUCUACGAGGACAACACAACUAUUUUAGACAGCAUAACGGAGACGCUGAUAGGCGAAAUCAAUAAGAUUUCUGAACUGCAGUCACUGAGUGCCGCUCAAAUCGGUCAAAUACGGCAGACCAUUUGGGCAGAGGAGACUUUUUUCCAAAGACUUAACCACGUCGAUAAGAAGUUGACCCUACUGCUACUCAACCCUGUCACCUUGGCUGAGGAGAUGCGACGACUGCGCAUCACGGAUGCCGAUAAAAAGUUUAUUCUUGUAAUGAAGAAGUUCAAUAAAAAUAUUGACACACUCAAGAAACUAGUUGGCAACUCAUUGGACGAUGACAAAAGCAGGGACAAGGACAAGGACAAGGCCAAAGACAAGGCCAAGGACAAGGACAAGGAUAUGGUGGACAAAACUUCAAAGGUUAUGUCAAAGUUAAGUCAAAGUCCAACGUCCUCCAUUCGAGAUCUCACAGCAAAACUAAAUGUGGGCAAUGUUAGUGCACAGCUGCUCCGAAACAAUUCUGAUCUGGACGAACAACUGAAGCUACUGGAGACACAAGAGAUUGAAAUAAACCGCAAGAAAAAAAUAGAUCAAAUAGUGCAGAGCCAUGGAGCGGGAGUGGACAAGGCCCAUGCCCAUGCCAAUGUCCACAUGGAUAAGACUUUUCAGCAUAACAGGAACAGGAACAGCAACAGCAACAGCAACUGGGAUCUAAGUGUUGCUCAUGGAACAAAUGAUAAUUUGUGCAAUUCCUCGAGGAAUAUUUACAAUCAGGAUGAGUACAUCCAGUCCUUAAAGAAAAGCCUGGAACGUCACAAUAGUAUGCUGUUCCUACUUCAUCUGCAAAACCCGGACAAACAUAAGGUCACGGCUGAGUUUACCGAUAUAUUAAUGAUGGAUCAAGGUCGAUCUAGUCCCAGUCCCCCACCGCCAGCGCCGAAUGACAAUCUAGGUAUGGAUGCGUCGGUGGCAGAGAAUACUUUCCGCGGAGAAAUCGAAGCCCAUCAGCAGAAACAGGCCAAGUCCGAUUCAGGGCUAUCUUCGAUGAGCGGCUGGUCGCCGAACUCCCCGGUAACCGUUGGCAUCCAGAACUGUAGUCUGUUUGCUAACAGAAGUAACGAAAGGAGCACGGAAACUUUCCAGCUGGCAUACCCUGUACAGGGUACCUCAGGUACAGAUUCCAAUUUCAAUAGCUCUGAUGCUGACAAUCAAAGCCCAAAGCAAUGUGAUUAUAAAUUUUCCGAAGAGAACCUUAACUACAUUCACGAGCUUUCAAAAAAUAUCCCGAUUUGCUCUGCAUAUGAAAACCAAUCCAUAUUCAAUGUCAAUGACGCUGCUAAGCAAAUCGGUCAAUUUUCCACCGUUGAUGAAAUGCUAGAGUGGGACCAAAAAAAUCAACAGCAUCAACGGGAUCCACGGGAUCCACGGGAUCAACGGGAUCAGAAGGAUGUUACAACGCAACAAUUACAUAAUAAAGACCGUAUGCCGGACCUGCUAACUAACCAAACUCCGAGUACUACGCCCAAGCCAUCCCUCAGGAAUAAUCCAAGAACGGAUUCCGGAAUAAGCAGUUGUCUCAAUGUAAACGAAUCAAAGUAUAGCUUCGAAAAAUCUGGUGCAGACCGCGUGGAAGUCCCAGAACAAUGCCGCAAGCCACAUUUGACGGAUAGACUGGUGUAUUAUCCAUCCUCGAGCAGCAUCACCGACUACAACAGCAGCAACAAUUUGGACUACUUGGGGCAUAAGCAGCAAAGCCAAUCACAAUAUAUGAUUCUGGAUAGAGCAACCAAUUCCAAUUUUCCCCUUCCCAUGCUCCAAUCGUCAACAGCUGCAGUGGCAGUGGCAGUUCCUGCUCCAGUUCCAGUUCCUGUUCAUGUUCCAGCAGUUGAUUAUACAGUCAGUCAGCGAGCUUCGGCCCAGAUUCACCUCAACGGUGCGAAACGGUUCGAGUCUGGGGAAAUGUCGUCAGUCCCAGUCCCAGUCCCCGUCCCCGUCCCCGACGCUUUCCCAGUCACAGUCACAGUCCCACCGGUCACCACAAAGUCACCAAAGGUAUGGAACAAAUUGAGCACAUUGUUGCCAGAAAAUCUAAAGCUAAAGCGCUCAGCUAAGUACAAUCGAUCACAGUCCUUACCCGGUGAUGUGCAAAGUCAAGGCAAUCAAAGACAAGCCCGUGGCCAGGCAGGCUCGUAUCCGUUUAUUUCGUAUAAGCGCUCCAAUGGAAACGGAAGUCACGGACAGCUAUCCAAACGUUUACAGAAGCUACCGAUGCGUCUCAUACAAAAAGCUACGGCUCCGCACUCUGUACGACGUCUGUCAGACUCCGACUCAGCUGGAGGUGCAGCUGACGCUAGUACUGGUACUGGCACUGGCACUGGUACUGGUACUGGUACUGGAGCACCGAAGAAACGAUCAUUUACAUCUAAGAUGAACAAUUUAAUGCAGAAAGCAAAGACUUACAAACGGAACAGCAGUGUCCUGCGCCGCGGCUCAAAUAUGUCCGAUACCGAACUAGAUCUGCCAGGCUUUACUUCAUCGGAUAACGAGGAUUGUUCUUUAUAUGAGUGCCAAGUGACAAAUCAACAAUCAACAGAUAUGUUUGGGGGCAUCGGGGGGGCUAAAGGGAGAACAAAUCAAACAGAAUGCCACAAAGAUGAUUAUGACGAUAUCAAUGAUGAUUUUUACGUGCCACUGCCAUCCCAACACUCCGUCGUCUGUGAUGGAGGCCUCGCAACUGAAAUGGAUAGUCCCUGUCCCAAUCUGUUCGCUGUCGUUGGGGACCUCAAAAAGUUACAGCUUACCCCAACGGAGGCUGUCCCAUGCACGUCGUCUGAGCUUUUGGAACGUGACAAAGUGCGUAAUAGUGCUGACAUAUUUAUAAAGAUGCCAGAGAUUCUCUUGGAAGCCAGUGAGAUGGCAAUAGGCACUUCAGCAGACGCCUAUUACGCUGCUCAGCCACAGGCGAGCCUUCAGAAAGUAAGCUCAGUCUAUAUUGAUGAUGAGAACUACGACGUUUCUCCUCCCUUUAUCGGAGUGUCUGAUGGCACUGAAUCCAAUGUCCCAGUCCCGCAAGCCCAACUGGCAAUAGCAACAGUCGCAGCCUCUACAGCAGGCACUCCAACCAAAACCACUGCGACUAUGGCCACUAACAGCCGAGGUGGGGGUGUCUGGGUUGCACAGCAAUCCUUGGACAUUCCAAGCAAUCUGGGAUAUGGGUCACGGGACGAUGACGACUGUCGUAGUCAGCAUUCCGGUCGCACGCUCUCGUCUUCUCGUCGCCAAAGCACCGAAGAUAGCAUCGACACAGACGAUGAAUACUUUUGCUAUGAGCUUCGCCAGCUCGAGGAACUGGAGCAUCAACGAGCAGCGCAUGCUGACAACGUAACCAGCGACCAAAGUGCGGACAAUCAAGUGUUGUUCUCGCAGAUUGGACAGCUGCUGCAUAGCGAAGCACCCGGGGAAAACUUUGCCUUUGCUGAAGAAGCGGAGGACGCCCAUGUUUAUUCGCCGGAUGAAAGUGCAAAGCUGCAGAUGUCCAAGGUAUUGGAUGAGCUCAGGUACGCGGUCAGACUAGAGCCAGAAAUCCACUACGGCAGAAGCUUGUAUGGCAGUACUGCAGGGGACGACGACGCAGGGGAAGCAUUAACAAAGGCAUUAACAAAACCAGCACGGGACAGGUUCGAAAUUGUCUGUGACAUGCAUAGCGCUUGGCAGGAUGUCAACGGCGAUUUUCAGCAGGCAACAUCUGAUAUGGAAUCUCAUGGGGAUACCGAGGUGGCUGCUCGGGCAGGGGCAGGGGAAGGGGAAGGGCAAGUGGUAAGUGGGCUUCAAGACAAAGACAACAACAAAAAACAGCAGUCGAAGCGACUGAAGAAGCGGAAACGUAUCCAAAAAACGAAUAAACACAUAGUUGCAGCUGAUAAUAUUGCCAGUUCCAGUUCUUCCUGUGCUUCAGAGAAUGAAAAUGAGUACGAGCAGAGCCCACGUUUUAUCAGUGACGCAGCAUCGGUAUCCGAGCAGAACAAAGAUGUCUCGAUAGAAAUAUUUGAAGGAUCAUCGGCCUCUAGCGCGACAUCCGGACCCGAUACGCCAGCGGAGAUGAGCGAUGAUACGGAAAGGGAUUUGAGCCUGGCAGAAGAGAGUCCGAACAGAAGCGGUGGUGGUGGUGCGGCUGGAAUCGAUCGCUUAACAAUUGAAAACCAACAAUCGGGGGACAUUUUUAAUGCAAUGCCCCCGAAUGAGUACGACCCAGUGUCAGUAGCCGUGCUAGAUCCAUCCAUUGAGCGAUGCAACAAACAGACAUCGUCCCCACUGAGUGCUAGGGAUUCAGUUUCAUCUCAGCCGUGUCCAAUGAAGCUAUUAAGUCAGGAAUCAAGUGUCGAGGGAUCCCAGGCGGUGGGCAGCAAUGGCGCCACGGCGGGUCUUGGCAGCAGUAAGUGGCAGCUGCUAAAAACUCUUAAGGAGCGUAAGAUCGAGGAGAAAAACAAUCAGGACAAAAUUAAAGAGGAAGAAAUGACCAAAGACAGGGAGAAGAAUGGUGGUGGAACAGGAGAUGUUGGGAUACGUACGAAUGGACAUCCCGGCGAUAACCCCUUCUAUAGCAAUAUCGACAGUAUGCCGGAUAUACGGCCCCGUCGAAAGUCUAUUCCCCUUGUUUCUGAAUUGGUGCUCAAGACUAUGGCCGCCACAAAACGAAAUGCCGGACUCACAUCAGCCGUGCCCCGCGCAACGCUUAAUGAUGAAGAGCUGAAAAUGCACGUGUACAAAAAGGCACUGCAGGCUCUUAUUUAUCCCAUAUCAUCUACAACCCCGCACAACUUCUUGCUAUGGACGGCCACGUCACCAACAUAUUGCUACGAGUGUGAAGGCCUACUCUGGGGAAUAGCGCGCCAGGGAGUACGAUGCACGGAAUGCGGCGUGAAGUGCCAUGAAAAAUGCAAGGACCUGCUGAAUGCCGAUUGUCUUCAGCGUGCUGCCGAGAAGAGUUCAAAGCACGGGGCCGAGGACAAAGCCAAUUCCAUUAUUACCGCUAUGAAAGAGCGCAUGAAGCAACGCGAGCGAGAGAAGCCCGAAAUUUUUGAGCUGAUUAGAGCCGUAUUCAGCGUUGAGGAGAAGAGUCACACCGGUCAUAUGAAGGCUGUGAAACAGAGCGUCCUGGAUGGCACAAGCAAAUGGUCGGCCAAAAUAGCAAUCACAGUGAUUUGUGCUCAAGGCCUGAUAGCGAAGGAUAAAAGCGGUACCAGUGAUCCAUAUGUGACGGUGCAGGUUAGCAAGGUGAAAAAACGAACGCGAACAAUGCCGCAGGAACUUAACCCUGUGUGGAACGAGAAGUUUCACUUCGAGUGCCAUAACUCCUCUGACCGCAUUAAAGUUCGCGUCUGGGAUGAAGACAAUGACCUUAAAUCGAAACUUCGUCAAAAGUUGACUCGAGAAUCGGACGAUUUUUUGGGACAAACUAUUAUUGAAGUUCGUACGCUCUCCGGGGAAAUGGAUGUUUGGUAUAAUUUAGAGAAACGAACGGAUAAAUCAGCUGUUUCAGGUGCAAUAAGACUUCACAUAUCCGUUGAAAUAAAGGGCGAAGAAAAGGUUGCUCCAUAUCAUGUCCAAUACACCUGUCUGCACGAGAACCUGUUUCAUUAUCUUUGUGAAGAGAAUACCGGAAUGGUUAAAUUGCCCACGCAAAAGGGUGACGAUGCGUGGAAACUCUAUUUUGACGAGAUCCCCGAAGAAAUUGUCGACGAGUUUUCAAUGCGCUACGGGAUCGAAAAUAUCUAUCAAGGAAUGACUCAUUUCCAUUGCCUUUCUGCCAAGUAUCUAUGCCCUGGGGUACCCGCCGUGAUGAGCACUCUUUUGGCCAACAUCAACGCGUACUACGCUCAUACCACAGCUUCCUCUGCUGUGUCAGCUAGUGAUCGGUUUGCAGCUAGCAAUUUUGGGAAAGAGAAAUUCGUCAAAUUGCUGGACCAACUACAUAAUUCUCUCAGAAUUGACCUGUCGAUGUAUAGAAAUAACUUUCCUGCCUCGAGUCCUGAAAAGUUAAUGGACCUUAAGUCUACUGUCGAUCUGCUGACCAGCAUAACAUUUUUCCGCAUGAAGGUCCAAGAGUUAUCCAGCCCACCGAGAGCGAGCACUGUGGUCAAAGAUUGCGUGAAGGCUUGUCUAAGAUCCACUUAUCAAUUCCUGUUUGAAAACUGCUACGAGCUAUACAACAGAGAGUUCCAGGUUGAUCCAAACGAAGCCAAGCGUGCACCAGACGACCAUGAGCCCAAACUGGAUAGCGUGGACUUCUGGCACAAGCUAAUUGCGCUUAUUGUAUCGGUCAUCGAUGAGGACAAAAACAGCUAUGGCACUGUGCUAAAUCAGUUCCCCCAAGAACUUAAUAUUGGACAGCUGUCUGCAUCAUCAAUGUGGCAUCUAUUCGCUGUGGACAUGAAGUACGCAUUGGAGGAGCACGAGCAGCAUCGUCUCUGCAAGUCCUCGGCGUACAUGAAUCUUCAUUUUCGCGUUAAAUGGCUGUAUAGCAACUAUGUUAAGGAAGUUCCGCCCUACAAAGGUGCCGUACCCGACUACCCAGCAUGGUUCGAGCCGUUUGUGAUGCAGUGGUUAAAUGAGAACGACGAUGUUUCAUUGGAAUACCUUCACGGAGCGUUCAAUCGAGAUAAAAAGGACGGGUUCACAAAGAGCAGCGAGCACGCCUUGUUUUCAAAUUCGGUAGUCGACGUUUUCACGCAAUUGACGCAAUGUUUCGAUGUUGUUAGCAAGCUCGAGUGUCCUGAUCCAGAAAUUUGGAAACGUUACAUGAGGCGUUUUGCUAAAACAAUCGUAAAAGUGCUCAUAGCCUAUGCAGAUAUUGUGAAAAUUGAAUUUCCAGAGCAUAUGAGGGAUGAAAGAAUCGCUUGCAUACUUAUGAACAACAUUCAGCAAUUGAGGGUACAGUUGGAGAAAAUGUUUGAGUCCAUGGGUGGGGAUAAGCUAGAAGAGGACGCAGCCAAUAUACUAAAAGAGCUGCAACAAAAUCUUAACUCUGCACUGGACGAUUUGGCCACACAGUUUGCCAUUAGUUUGGAGCCUCGAAUAACUCAGUCGGUGCGUGAGCUAGGUGAUAUGUUGCUGUCUAUUAAAGGAGGCGGCUGUGGGAAUCUGACAGCUGGUAACCAAGCUGCACAGAGGAACGCCGUCGCCGUUGAGGCCGAUGAAGUUUUGAGGCCGCUUAUGGACUUGCUCGAUGGUUCAUUGACACUCUAUGCGCAGUCAUGUGAAAAGACGGUACUAAAACGACUGCUGAAAGAACUCUGGAAAAUCGUAAUGCGAAUAUUGGAAAAAACUAUUGUUUUGCCUCCAAUGACUGAUAAAACUAUGAUGUUUAAGCAUCUAACUGACAAUGCAAAAAACCUUGCAUCCAACGCAAAAAUAGAAGAUAUGGGUCGUUUGUUUAAGUCCCAUAUGGCUGGAAAACAGGAUGUGAAAAGUGCGCUUAGCGGUGUCAUGGACAUAUCAAAGGAAGUGGAAAAAAAUUUAUCGCCCAAACAAUGUGCCGUACUCGACGUUGCCUUAGAUACAAUAAAACAAUAUUUCCACGCCGGUGGUAAUGGACUGAAAAAGACGUUUCUUGAGAAAUCUUCAGAGCUUCAAAGCCUACGUUACGCACUCAGUUUGUAUACGCAAAUGACCGACACACUUAUCAAAACCUUUAUAUCCAGUCAAGUUCACGAAGUUGAUCCUGAAAAUGCAGAGGAAAGUGUCGGCGAAAUUUCAGUACAAAUAGACCUAUUUUCCCACCCAGGCACAGGUGAACAUAAGGUUAAUGUGAAAGUGGUGGCUGCUAAUGAUCUUAAAUGGCAAAUACCAUCUGGCAUGUUCCGACCAUUUGUUGAAAUCAACUUGAUUGGGCCGCAUCUCCAGGAAAAAAAGAGGAAGUUUGCAACCAAGUCAAAGUCAAACAACUGGUCGCCCAAAUACAAUGAAUCAUUCAGCUUCGCCAUUGGUAACGAGGAGCAGCUGGACUUUUUCGAGUUGCAUAUUUGCGUUAAGGACUAUUGUUUCGCCCGUGAUGAUCGACUUGUCGGCGUGGCAGUUAUCCCGCUCAAAGACAUAUCCGAAAAGGGAUCUGUCGCCUGUUGGUUGCCUUUGCAGAGACGCAUAGAAAUGGACGAGACGGGUUGGACAAUAUUACGGAUUCUAUCACAGCGUAAUAAUGAUGAGGUCGCCAAGGAAUUUGUUAAACUGAAAUCAGAAAUACGUCAGGAACCAACAAUGGGUACUUAAGAGCCCAGACUGGAUAAGAUUCAUCUCUAUAAAUACACCUUAUAACAAUAAUUUCACUAAUUUACACAGUUUCAUAUAAUUUCUUAAGACUUCAUAUACAGAACAUAAUUAUACAUACCUGCAUAGCUACCCUAACAAUCGAAAAUAUAACCCAACAUACAGCAUACGAGUAUACAUGCAAGAAAAUACAAUGCAAAUAUAAAUAUUUCUCUAAACGCUAUGAUAUUAUAAGUGACGUGACCGCUAUGGAACGAUCUAUCGAAUUCACAAAAAUGACAUGCAACAAAUGGAAAUAGUACGAUCGUACAAGAACAAUAUUGCUUUUUAUUUACUCUGCGACAUAACAAAUUUACUUAACAUUUCAGCAGUCUGGCAUUGUUUUAAACCUAAAAACUCAUCCAUACAAUCACGUACACUUUAUGUAUAUACAUAAAUGUAACAAAGAGACUCCGCAGCCCCACCCCACUCACUGUCGUUCCGCCACCCAAAUCCAUAUGGCCAAAUAUGUUUAUGUAAACAAGUUGUUUGUUGUUGUGGGGGUGUAGACGAAAGCAAAAGCAAAAAGUGAUUGUGUG